AUGCCUCCUGUUCUUCAGGCUUGGACUUACCAGAUGAAGGGCUUGAGACUGGAGCAGACCUCGCUGGGACCUUCGUGUGUGGGGAACGUGCUGGCAUGGGUCAUGCUGAUUUUCCUGCCAAGCUUGUCCUGUGAUCCAGGAUCAGUCUCUAACUCUUACUAUGAAAAAGUUAUUCCCAGGAAUCUGACAGUUAAUGACAGCGAAGACUCAGGGGAAAUGGCGUCCUACGAGCUAGUCAUGCAUGGCCAGAGGCAGCGCAUUCACUUGGAGAUAAAGAGAGAUUAUUUUGUGAAUGAUUUCCCAGUCUUUUCCUACCAUGGUGGCAUUCUGAGGCAUGAACAGCCUUUCACCCCGCACGACUGUCACUAUGAAGGCCACUUGGAGGGAGUACUGGACUCUUUCGUUUCUGUCAGCACCUGCGCUGGCCUCAGAGGCAUCCUGAUUAAGGACGAACAGUACUACAGCAUCGAGCCCACGGACCCCUCAGAAGGGCUGGAACACGUGUUGUAUCCCACGGUCCGGCAAAGUCAUAUCUCGUGUAGCAGCAUUGUCCACACUAACCACAGCCGGGGAGAGCCUGAUGGUCUGCAACAGGACAGCAGGAAACCCAGCAGAGUCCAGGCACAGUCCUCCUUGUGGUCACGCACCAAGUACGUGGAGAUAUUUGUUGUGGUCAACCAUCAGCUGUUCCAGAUGUGGGACAGUAACAUCAGUGAGACAGUGCAGAAGGUAAUGAACAUCAUUGCCCUGGCUAACAGCUACACAAGGGGAAUAAACACAGAGGUGGUGCUGGCUGGGGUGGAGAUUUGGACUGAGGGUGACCUCAUCGAGGUCCAGGCAGACCUGCAGGAAACUCUCCGGAAUUUCAACAGCUGGAGACGAGAGCAGCUCUCUCACCGAGCGCCGCAUGAUGUGGCCCACUUGAUCGUUGGGCAUGGCGCUGCAGAGGACUCGGGCCAGGCGUUCCUCAGUGGAGCCUGUUCAAGUGAGUUUGCGGCUGCCGUCGAAUCCUUCCACCAUGAAGAUGUGCUCCUAUUCGUGGAGCUCUUGGUCCAUGAGCUUGGGCACAACUUGGGCAUGUGGCACGAUCACGCUGCCUGCGUUUGUAAGAGUACACACUCUUGCCUCAUGCACAAAAAUAUCAGUCAAGAAACUGGCUUCAGCAACUGUAGCUCUGACGACUACUACCGCUUCCUCCAGGCACACGGAGAGUCGUGCCUGUUCAACAAGCCUCCAACUCCGAGCCGGCAGCGUCGGCAAGCCAUGCUGACCUGUGGAAACGGGAAGCGGGAGGGCAACGAGCAGUGUGACUGCGGUGACCAGUGUAUGGAUAGCAGAUGCUGCACCAGCGACUGUAAGCUGAAGGGCCAGGCAGAGUGUGGAGGGGGGGACUGCUGUAGCGACGACUGUAAGUUUCAACCCCGGGGCUACGUGUGCCGGUCUGAUGCUGAGGACUGUGACCUCCCAGAGUACUGCGACGGGAUCAGCCCUGAGUGCCCCCAAGACCUCUACAAGGUGGAUGGGUCCACGUGUGAUGAGAUGUACGUGUGCUCUGGUGGCAAGUGCAAGAGCCACAGGACAAAGUGCAUGGAUCUGUUUGGAGAUUCUGCUACCUCAGCCCCAGAGAGCUGUUACAUGAAAGUGAACAGUCAAGGGAACAGGUUUGGAAACUGCGGCCGUGCCACCUCGGCUGACACAUCAUAUACUAGGUGUUCAAAGGACAAUAUUUAUUGUGGGAAAAUUGUAUGUGUAAAUGUUGAUGUAUUGCCAAACAUCGAGGAGUAUUAUACAGUGAGUAGCUUCUGGCAUGACGGCAGCUACUGCUGGACCAUGGACGCCUAUCACAAUAACGAUAUCCCUGAUCGUGGAGACAUAGAUGAUGAAACUGGUUGUUUCUCAGAAAAAGCCUGUCAGGAAAACACCUGCACUAACUUCCUUCCCAGACUUUCCUGUAAAGUAGAGCAGUGUAAUCUGCAUGGGAUCUGUAACAAUUUAAAUAAGUGUUACUGUUUCCCAGGCUUUGCCCCUCCAACCUGCGCUGAAAGAGGUGCUGGUGGCAGUGAGGACGGUGGCUCCCCAGUCGAACCAGAGACCUCAGAUCCCAAAAAGGAAAGGGGCUCAGCCAUAGAAAAGGAGAAAGGGCUGAGUGUGGCAGUCCUCAGUGCCCUUAUCUUUUUGCUUCUACUAACUCUAAUCAUAAUUAUUAGUGCCAUCAUAUUUAGCAAAACGCAAGAACCUCCUUCGCGAGAAACUGAUGAGUACACAGAGACUGAAGAGUCAGAGGAAGAAGAGGAACUGGAAGAGGAAGAGGCUGAGGCCCCCUCCCCCACGGAAGAGGAUUAA